AUGAAGGACGUCACACACCGUCUGGCGGUCUCGAAAGCGCCGGCGUCGGAGCGAGCUGGGCACGAACUGUUGCCAAGCCUGCUUCCUUCUCAACCAGUGCCGCCAUUUCUGGCACCAACCGGUUCGGCCGAGCCCAACAAUUUGUCUUCUGCCGCACCUCACACUGCCCGACGUGCCGGCUUCUCUCAUCCGACCCCCUCCCGUCGGCAUCCGAUGCGCUGCCUCCUCGCCCUCACGAAGGAGGAGAGGCGUCUUGCGCGGAAAGUCUCCAAGACUCGCAAUCGGCCGAAGAUGUUGUGCCUAAUUGAAAGUGCCGUCGAGACGCAACUGUAUGCAUGUCGGCGUAUGUGUGCCGACAGGUGGGUUUGCGAUAUCGCGAUGGCAACCUAA